CAAACUAAAUUCACAUCAUGGCAGGAAGUUACUGAGGAUUCACCUGUCAAGGAUUUGCAAGAAGAAGAAAGACCAGCAGAUGGAAAGAGCAGUAAACAGGACAAAUCAAAGUCUGAAGAAAAACAGAAAUGGGGAGAGAAAGCUGUCCCUUUUGAAGAGGCUGACUUCUCUCAAAUUCCAAAAUUAGAAGAUUGUAACGAAGAAAUGAAAAAUACGAGCCAUAGUAGAGAAAAACCACCGAAAUCCCUUGAGUUUGGAGGUGGCUUAAGUGAGCGGGUAAGCCUUCCUAAACCGCAGAGAGCACAUUCAGGAGAUAAAACCUAUAAAUGCUUAGAGUGCGGAAAGAACUUCACAAACCUGAAGUCACAUCAAAAGAUGCACACGGGUGAGAAGCCAUACAAAUGUUCUGAGUGUGGGAAGAAUUUCCGGUACAACAUGAACCUGAAAUCACAUCAGCGAAUCCACACGGGAGAGAAACCGUAUAAUUGUUUGGAAUGCGGAAUGAAUUUCAGCUACAGCAUGAAUCUCAAAUCACAUCAAAAAAUCCACUCUGGGGAGGAACCGUACAAAUGUUCCAAAUGUGGGAAGUGUUUCACUCACAGCAUGUACCUGAAGUCGCACCAGAAAAUCCACACGGGAGAGAAACCCUUUAAGUGUUCAGAGUGUGGAAAGAAUUUUACUCACAGCGUGAAUCUGAAGACCCAUCAAAGAAUUCACACGGGGGAGAAACCGUAUAAAUGUUCUGACUGCGGAAUGACGUUCAGGUACAGCAUGAAUCUCAAAUCGCAUCAAAAAAUCCACACGGGAGAUAAACCAUAUAAAUGUUCCGAGUGUGGAAAACAAUUCAGUAACAGCUCAGACCUUAAACUGCAUCAGAGAGUUCAUACAGGGGAGAAACCAUAUCAAUGCAUGGAAUGUGGAAAGUGCUUUGCAAUUAGGAGUUACCUUGCUUCCCAUAAAAGGAUCCAUACAGGGGAGAAACCAUAUCAAUGCAUGGAAUGUGGAAAGUGCUUUGCAAUUAGGAGUUACCUUGCUUCCCAUAAAAGGAUCCAUACAGGGGAGAAACCAUAUCAAUGCAUGGAAUGUGGAAAGUGCUUUGCAAUUAGGAGUUACCUUGCUUCCCAUAAAAGGAUCCAUACAGGGGAGAAACCAUAUCAAUGCAUGGAAUGUGGAAAGUGCUUUGCAAUUAGGAGUUACCUUGCUUCCCAUAAAAGGAUCCAUACAGAAGAGAAACCAUAUAAAUGCAUGGAGUGUGAAAAGUGCUUUACAAUGAGACGUGGUCUUACUUCCCAUGCAAGGGUCCACAGAAAGAAGCCAUACCAAUGCAUGGAGUGUGGAAAAAGCUACAUUUGCGGUAGGAGCCUUACGUCUCAUCUAACAAUUCAUACAGGGGAGAAACCAUAUAAGUGCAAGGAAUGUGGAAAGUAUUUCAAUCGUAGUAAUUCCCUUCGUUCCCAUGAAAGAAUCCAUACAGGAACGAAACCAUAUCAAUGUAUGGUUUGUGGAAAGAGAUUCAAUAGAGGCAGUGAUCUCAUUUCUCAUAAAAGGAUCCACACAGGGGAGAAGCCAUACACAUGCACAGAUUGUGGAAAGAGCUUCACCACCAGUGGUUCCUUUACUAUCCAUAAAAGGAUCCAUACGGGAGAGAAACCAUAUAAAUGCAUGGAGUGUGGGAAGAGUUUCAACUACAAUACUUCUCUUACUUCCCAUAAAAGGAUCCAUACAGGGAUGAAACCGUAUCAAUGCAUGGAUUGUGGCAAGAGAUUCAGACAGAGCAGUUAUUUUAGUAUGCACAAGAAAAUCCACUCAAGGGAGAAACCAUAUAAAUGCACAGACUGUAAAAAGAGCUUUAACAGAAGCAGUUCCCUGAUAUCACAUAGGAGAAUCCAUUCUGGUGAGAAACCAUAUAAUUGUGUGGACUGUGGAAAAAAUUUCACUGUAAGCAGUUCCCUUAAAUCACAUAGGAGGAUCCACACUGGCGAGAAACCAUAUCAGUGCCAGGAGUGUGGAAAGAGUUUCAGACACAGCAAUUCCCUCUCUUCUCAUAAAAGGAACCACACAAGGGAGAAUCAACCUACCAGCAUAUAACACUAAAGGAGUUUUAUUCAGAAGUG